AUGGCCUCCUCCUCCAGCUUCGUCCAGCUCGCAAAGAGCCUCCCAGAGCCGCUGCAGCGCUUCUUUGCGCGCUGGCCGCCCGCAGCGCUCGUCGCACCCGGCACUGCUCCGACGCCGUUCCAGGAGCAACGGCCAAAUCCCUUUCGAUUCUACAAACACCCCGUGACCGGGCGGUGGCAGGAUCCCGUCUACUCACAUCGAAGACAGGCGCAGCUGGUCAAGCUCGCGCGGGACCACGGCGUUGAAGAGCUGCUGCCCGAGACGACCAAGGGCACCGAAUACCAACUGGCUCAUCGUGUUGAGCAUGGUCUGAGAGUCAAGGGUACGGGUGUGGGACAGAAGGUCAAGGGUCACAUCCACGAACGACACAUGAUUGCAAAGUAUGUCAAUCACCUUCUUAUCCAUCUUCUUCGUGUUGUUGGAUCACUCGAGACUAACACAGUCAUCCAGGAUGGAACAGAGGAGGAAAGCCAUGCUCGAGAUGCCAAGACUCAUCCGGGCAUGGAAAAGUGUAAGGAUUUACUUAUCCCCCAUUAG